UGAUAGCUGCACGAGCUGAGUGAAGAUGUGAUAAAAAUGGAAAUAAGAGAAGAAGUUCAGAGUGUAGUUUUCUCUUCUUUGACUCUACGAUCUGUAGAAAAUGUCCAGAAUUCAGGAACUUAAAGAUUUAUUCAAACGGCGGCUGAUAAAUGAAGCUCGCGCUGAUCUGUUUGAACAUUUCGAGGAAUCAAUAUCUGGAGUUGAAAAGAAGAUCGAUCACAAACGGAAACUACUGGAUUUGGUUUUAGAUCCCGACGUCAAGCUGCUGAGAGCAGGUUGGUUUUCUUUGUGCUGACGUCCAGCAGCCAUUAGAGACUAAAGAAGAGGUUUCCCCUGAGCAGCAGAAGAUGAGUUCCAGUAUGGACCAGGAGGACCCAGAUCCUCCACACAUUAAAGAGGAACAGGAGGAAGUCUGGACCAGUCAGGAGGGAGAGCAGCUUCAAGGACUGGAGGAGGCUGAUAUCAAGUUCACAUUCUCUCCUGUUCCUGUGAAGAGUGAAGAUGAUGAAGAGAAACCUCAGUCCUCACAGCUUCAUCAAAGACUAACUGAGGAGAUAAAAACAGAAGCUGAUGGAGACUGUGGAGGAUCAGAACCAGACAGGAACUCACAUCCAGAUACACAUUUACAGCCUGAUACUGAUGAAAAGACUUCAAACUCUUCUGAACCUGAGAGUGAUGACAGUGAUAAAAACUGCAAGGUUCCUGACAGCCAAUCAUUUCGCUGCUCUGUGUGUGGUAAAACAUUUGCAAUGAGGGGACAUUUGAAUGUUCACAUGAGAACUCAUACAGGAAAAAAGCCGUACAGUUGCUCAGUGUGUGGUAAAUGUUUUGUACAAAAAUCAGGUCUAGACUACCACCUGAAAAUUCACACAGGAGAGAAACCGUUCAGCUGUUCAGUUUGUGGUAAAUCUUUUACUCAGAAGUCAGGUCUGGACUAUCACCUGAAAACACACACAGGAGAGAAACCUUUCAGCUGCUCAGAUUGUGGUAAAAAAUUUGCACACAAAGGAACGCUAAACUACCACAUGGCGACUCACACAGGGGAGAAACAGUUCAGCUGCAGUGUUUGUAACAAAAGAUUCAGAGCAAAGACACACCUCAAAAUGCACAAGUGUGUUGGUGAGUUUUCACAGCGUUACCUUGAAAAACACAAGAAACCACUGACCUGUUCUGAGUGUGACGAAACAUUUCCCAAUAAUUACCUCCUGAAAACCCACCUGAGAAUGCACAAAGGAAAGAAACUAUUUCCUUGCUCAGUUUGUGGUCUCAAAUGGCAGUUUAGAUCUCAUUUGGAGGUGCACAUGAGAACACACACAGGAGAGAAACCAUACAGUUGCCCUGUUUGUGGCAAAAAAUUUACACAAAAAGGCAUAAUGGUGCAACACAUGGCAGUGCACUCAGAGGUGAAACCCUUCAGCUGCAGUGACUAUUCACUUGGCAUCAUCAGCUCAAUGAACAUCAGUGUGUUGGUGAGUCAUCACAGCUCCAGCAGAGUCACACUGGAGAGAACGGCGGGUCAGAGCCUCCAGCCGGCAGCUCAACCCAACAGAUGGAAACAGAAGCUGAAGGAGAGGACUGUGGAGGAUCAGAGCUAG